GAAGCUGGCUUUAUCAUUUAUUCUAUUUUUUUUGUAAAUUGCUAGUAUGCAUGCAGGAACGGUUUUUGUUCAAAGAUAAAGCUAGAUUGUUUUUAUUAUUUUAAGCUAUUCCAUUUAUUUUUUUGUCAAAGAGUAUUGAUAUAUUUUUGCACCUACAAAAGAGAGGGGACUUGAUCGCAUUGCGGGGCUGCAAGUCGCAACAGAAAGGACGCGAGGAUUUGAAGGAAUAAUGGAAGAAACAGCUGCUGCAGCCCUGGCCUCUGGCACCAGUGCCGUCCCAUCAACCCCAAAGCCGCAGCCUGGCUCCUUCACCCCUUCCCGCAGUCUGCUGGAGUGGAGAAGGAGGGUCAAGUCUGAGUAUAUGCGCCUUCGCCAGCAAAAACGUCUUAAAAAAGUUGAUAAAGUAAAGAGCUUGUUCACGUCCAACAGGGAGAAGAUUGAGCUGCAGACUAAUCUCCUAAACACAGAGUGGUCCAAGCUCAGGAUUCAGGCUGUUCCUGUCUCAACGUUUAGUGGAUCUCUGGCAAACAAGAAGAUGUGUACCGUGGAGUUUGGCUUCCCAGAAUUCAAUUCUCAGGCCGUUGCCAUGAAGCCUCUGUCUACAGUAGCAGGGAUCCCCUUUAUGUACUCAUGGUCACCACUGCAGCACAACUUCAUGGUGGAGGAUGAGACCUUCCUCCACAACAUCCCUUACAUGGGUGAUGAGGUGCUUGAACAGGAUGAGGCCUUUUUGGAAGAGCUCAUUGACAACUAUGAUGGCGUUCAUGGUGACAGAGAGGGUGGGUUCAUAAGCGACGAGAUCUUUAAAGAGCUUGUUGAUGCCUUGAGCCAAUACUCUGACCAUGAGGAAGACGAAGAGGAGGAGGGAGGAGUGACAGCAGCAGAGCUCAUGGGGAAGAAAGAAGAAGAGAGGAUGAUGAGGAGGAGCUCGGUGGAAGGCUCAGAAGAGACUAAAGCUGGAACAUUAAUCAAGAGAAAAAGGAGAGGCACCAGUGAGGUGAAGGAUGUGUCCAGCAACAAGAGGAUCCCCAACGAUAAGAUAUUUACAGCCAUCGCCUCAAUGUUCCCCUACAAGGGCACUACAGAGGAGCUGAAAGAAAAGUACAAGGAUCUGCAAGAGCCACCGGGCCCCGUUAAGCUUCCCCCUCUCUGCACCCCAAACCUAGAUGGACCUUUUGCAAAGUCUGUGCAGAGGGAGCAGUCGUUGCAUUCCUUCCAUACUCUCUUCUGUAGACGUUGCUUCAAAUACGACUGUUUUCUUCACCCUUUUCAUGCAACACCCAACGUUUACAAGAGGAAGAGUAAGGAGAUCCGCAUGGAGACUGAACCGUGUGGCGACGACUGUUUCCUGCGUCAGAAAGGAGCUAAAGAGUUUGUGGAUCGGAAUAUGUUAAGAUCGCAGAGAUCUCGCAGGCGACGGAGGCAGCAGCGACCCGCCAGCGCCACAGGUUCUGGAACAACUGGGUCUGCUGAGGAAAGCAAGGAGGGUGAAAGUGACCAUGAAACCACCUCUUCCUCAGAGGGGAAUUCUCGCUGUCAGACACCAAUCAAGCUGCGCCCAGGGGAGGAUGAGGCUGAGCAGCAGGAGUGCUGUGUGGUCCAGUGGAGUGGAGCUGAGGAGUCCCUCUUCAGGGUGCUGCAUGGCACAUACUUUAACAACUUCUGUUCCAUCGCACGUCUUAUUGGUACCAAGAACUGCAAACAGGUCUAUGAGUUUGCAGCAAAAGAGGUUCUGAUCCACCGUGUUCCUUUAGUAGAUGGAGGCAUCUCGCCCCAGAAGAAGAAAAGGAAACACAGGUUAUGGGCAAAGAUUCAGCUGAAGAAAGAUAACUCGUCCAAUCAGGUGUACAACUAUCAGCCAUGUGACCACCCUGACCAUCCGUGUGACAGCUCUUGCCCCUGUGUGAUGACCCAGAAUUUUUGUGAGAAGUUUUGCCAGUGUGAACAUGAGUGCCAGAACCGUUUCCCAGGUUGCCGUUGCAAAACCCAGUGUAACACCAAACAGUGUCCGUGCUACCUGGCUGUGAGAGAGUGCGACCCAGAUCUCUGCAUGACCUGUGGAGCCGCAGACCACUGGGACAGCAAAGUGGUCUCCUGUAAGAACUGCAGCAUCCAAAGAGGCCUCAAAAAGCACUUGCUACUCGCUCCAUCAGAUGUUGCUGGUUGGGGAACAUUCAUCAAGGAACCUGUGCAGAAGAAUGAAUUUAUCUCUGAGUACUGCGGAGAGUUAAUCUCUCAAGAUGAGGCAGACCGACGGGGAAGGAUCUAUGACAAAUACAUGUCAAGCUUCCUUUUCAAUUUGAACAAUGAUUUUGUGGUGGAUGCUACAAGAAAGGGGAACAAAAUACGGUUUGCAAAUCAUUCGGUUAAUCCCAACUGCUACGCUAAAGUUGUGAUGGUUAAUGGAGACCACCGUAUCGGAAUCUUUGCCAAGCGAGCUAUCCUGCAGGGGGAGGAGCUCUUCUUUGACUACAGAUACAGCCAAGCAGAUGCUCUGAAGUACGUGGGAAUAGAGAGGGAGGUGGACCUGAUUUAGCUAUGUUAUUACAUCCUUAGACUGGCCUUUGUUUGACAUCUUUGUACAUUAUGCAAGCUUUUCCAGCAUACAUAAUGUAGAUCAGUUCAAUGCAUGUGCUGUCUUUUGACACAUCAACUAAACAUGAAAGGCAAGUACUUUAGCUUCAGUCAAAUACUCUUCCCGUUCAGUCACUUAGUAUUGUGGAUUAUAAUCUUUGUAUCCUGACUGGUCUGCUGGAAAGCUACCAUCAUUAACACAUUUCUGUCACGAUAUAAGCUAAUUUGUGUCAAUUUUCUGCAAAAAUAGGCUCCUAGGUGAGAAACCGACUGACUGAAUGUAACUUUGUAGAUGGCGAAGAAGAGGUCAAACCUCGCCAGAAUUCAAGAAUUGGUACUCAGAUCAUUGUAUAUACAGCAAACAUACAAACAUCAUCAUACCAUGUUAAUAAAAUAAUAUAGUGAAAGUAAGUGUCUUCCUUUAAACAUAAAAAAAGUGCCAAAAUAUUCUAAAUCGUAAAGCUAAAAGAUUUGCAUGUGAAAUGUUGUAUAAUAGCAGAGAAAGGUUGUGAAGCGAUG